AUGUUCAUGGUUAGAUUGAAAUUCGCACUGAUCUCGCGUAAUUUCGGCACGGUGACGGAGAAACAUAGAAGAGUACCGUCAAAGUACAGGUCUCUAGCCAUCGGAAAAGCCCAGGAAGCCAUUACAGACUAUCUCACCACCACAAGGUCUCUCUCCUACACUCACGCCGAACACAUUGCCACAAACGCCUCCGUGUCGAUCCGAAAUCUCAUCUUAAAGCUUGAUUUCUCCGUCCCAACCUUCUCCAAAUCGCUCCGGAAGUAUCUCAGUUACCAUCCGAUUAACGAAUUCGAGUUUUUCUUCGAGAGCAUUGGUAUUGAUUACAGCGAGGUUAGCGAGUAUUUGCCUGAUAAAAAAUUCUUCUUUUCUGAGGAUCAUAAUGUGUUGGAUGCAGCUUGUGCGUUAUCUGGAUUUGGGUUUCCUUGGAAUAAGCUGGGUAAGUUGUAUAAAGAGGAAAAGUUGGUUUUUAAGGUGACCCCUGAAGAGAUUAAGUCGAGGCUGCUUAAGUUGAAAGGUGUAGGGUUCGAUACAGUCGCUGUGAUUGGUAUUUGUUUAGCGAUUCCUCGCACUCUGUUGGGUAGUGGUGAAUUGGGUGCGGAGACUCGUUGUUUGUUUGUUAAGCUUAAGAGAUUUUUUGAAGAAUUUAAUUCGGAUCAUCUUUAUGAAGAAAAUGUUGAUUCUUGGUAUGUUGUUAGUAGGAAAGUUAAGGUCUUUUAUGAUUUGGGUUGUGGGAACGAAGAGAUGUGGGAGUUGAUGGGUAGAAACAAAUCGCUUUUUAUGGAGUAUUCAGAAGAAGCUCUGUUGAAAAAGGCGGAGUAUUUUGGUAGAUUCGGUGUUAAGAAAGAAGAUACUGCUCUCUUGAUUCUUCGAAAUCCUGCUAUUAUGGAUUUCGAGCUAGAAAAACCGGUGAUCUCAGUUACGGGAAUGCUUAAGCAUUUUGGAUUGAGCCAAGAUGAAGUGGAUGCUGUUGCUCAGAAAUACCCAUACGUUUUGGGUAGAAACAAAAUGAAGAAUCUGCCUCAUGUGCUUAGAGCAGUAGAUUUACAUGAAAGGAUCUUCGAUAGGUUGAUGAAUGGGAAACAUCAUUUACUUGAAAGCUAUUCGUUGAUGGAUCCCGACGAAGAUUUAGACAGAGAAUAUCAACAAGGCUUGGAGGAGAUUCAACACUCAAGAACCACAGCACACAAUAUUCAAAAAUUGGAUUUCCUUCAUAAAAUAGGUUUUGGCGAAAACGGCAUGACCAUGAAGAUACUACAACACGUCCACGGUACCGCUGUGGAACUACAUGACCGAUUCCAAAUCAUACUAAACAAUGGCGUCGAAUUCUCAAAGAUCUGCUUGUUGAUAAGAUCAGCACCAAAGGUCUUGAACCAGAAACCGCAUAGCAUACAAGAUAAGCUAAGGUUCCUUCGUGGCGAAAUGGGAGGUUCCUUGGAAUACCUAGAGAUUUUCCCAGCUUAUCUAUGCUUUGACCUAGAGAACAGAAUCAAUCCAAGGUUCAGAUUCCACAAGUGGCUUACGGAGAAAGGGUUGAGCGAGAAAAGCUAUUCAGUCGCAAGCAUUGUGGCUACGAGCGAAAAGGCCUUCAUAGCUCGCCUAUUUAGGAUUCAUCCAGCAGUCCCUAAACAUUGGUUUGAACGCUUCUCCCACAGCAAAACCAGAUACACUGCAUCCUAA